AUGCCCUCAAACGCCUGCGACAGAUGUCACCGCCGCAAAGUCCGCUGCGACAAAAUCCAACCUCAAUGCGGACCCUGUAAGCGUGCUGAUGUCGCUUGUGAAUAUGCUGUUAGUGAACAUCAAUUGAGGAGGAGGAAUGUUCAAAAGUUGGAGAGGAGGAUUAGGGAGUUGAUGGAUUGUAAUGAGAGUUUGACGCAGCAGUUGAGGCGCUCGGAGGAGGUGACGAGAAGAUCUGAGGAAGCGACAAGGAGAUCUGAAGAUGUUGAGAGGGCUGGGACGGAGGUGGUGCAAGAUAGUCCUGGGGAUGGAGAAGUGGCCGAGGAGGUUAUUCAGAUGAGUCUCAUUGCAGGCGGAGGCCAUCACUUCGUCGGUUCAACAAGCGGUCUCCUCCUCGCCAACCUCCUCCAGUCUCGCCCUCAACCAUCCUCAUCUCUCACCACAUCAGGCUGGAAACCAAACUCCCUCCCCGGUCUAACCUCACCACAAGCCAACUCCGGUCUUCCCCCCAAAACUCUCGCCUCAGAACUCCUAAAAGCCUACUGUAGCCAUGACCAUCUCUGCUACCCCUUCCUCUCUACCAAAUCCCUCUACCGAUCUUUAGACGCCGUGUACGAAGAGUCCAGCGCCAAAGAUCCCGUCGAUGCUUUCUUCGUCGACAUGACGCUUGCGAUCGGCACGGCGCAGGUGCACAAGUUCAACUGGAACGGAGUAUAUGAUGCUGAAACGCAUUAUAACCGCGCCAUGACGAGACUAGCCGAUGUACUGGCGAGAGAUGGGAUUGAGAGGUUGCAGGCGCUGCUGUUGGUGUGUCAGUAUAGAAUGGGCACGACGUCGAGUAAUACUACGACUAGUGUUUGGCAUCUCAUCGGCGUUGCGGCGAGGACGUGUCUUGAGAUGGGACUUCAUCGAGCAGCGACUUAUGCGCUUCCGCAGACAUUGGAUGACGUGACGAGAAAGGUGAAGGAGGAGGAGAUGGAGACAAAACGACGGUGUUUCUGGAGUCUUGUUGCGCUGGAUCGCGUGACGAGUCUUGCACUUGGAAGACCUUUGGCUCUACAGCUUGAAGAUAUAGACGUUGACCUUCCUCCUUCGUCAACAGCAGAUCAACUCCCAGAGGAUAGUAGUCCCCUCUCAUCAGCACCCUACGGAACACCUCAAUACCGCGCCGCGACCUCUGUGUUCGUCCACAUCGUUCGCUACCGCCUCAUCUGCGGCAAGAUCAUAAACGCCCUGCACCGCAGCACCAAACACGUCACAUUCUCAAAUACAAGCUAUGAAGAGAUGCGAACAGCUCUAGCGAGGGAGUUACAAGAGUGGCAUACAGAAACAGCAAACCUACCCCUCGUUAAGAGCGACACGGCUGCUUCGCCGGCUAGUGGUUCGAGUUUUCGCUCCGAGGAGUGGUAUAGGCUUUUGUACCAUAACGGUAUGCUCAUGCUGUUUCGGCCGUCGCCGUGUCUGAACGAUGCAGCUGUGAAUAGCAUUGCGCUGCAGAAUGUUUACGACUCUGCGAGGGAAGCUAUAAGCUUAUAUGCCACUGUUUCGGAGAGAUGGGAUCUUGCGAGAAAUUGUUCGGAUUUGUUUGAUAGACUGAGUGAUGCGGUGGUAGCUGAUGUCGUGGAGGCGAGUGUUGCGGCGCCGGUGCAGUUUUCGGCGGAUCUAGCGGGUAUGACUGUUGAUACCUCACAUCACAUCAAAAUGCUGGACAGACCACCAAUUCGCAUCGGGAACGUCUCCGGCGCAACAGGCGACCAUCCCCACGCAAUGUCCCGCAUGGUCCGCUCCGGCAACGUGCACGUCAUAACAGGAGACUGGCUCUCCGAGAUGAACAUCGCCUGGAACGCAAUCACCAAGCAAGAAGUAGACCCCAACCUAGGCUACGAGAAUGGCUUCUACGAGCAACUUGACGAGUGCCUUGAUGAUAUCAUGCAGCGCGACAUUCGUGUUGUGACUAACGCUGGGGCGUUGAAUACUGAUGCGCUGUAUGAUAAGGUCAGAGCGCUCUGUGAGAAGAGGGGGUAUGGGGAUUGUGUUGUUGCGAAGGUGCUGGGGGAUGAUGUCUCAGAUGUUGUUAUGGAUAGGGAGAGGAGGAGGGAUGUGCAGAUUACGCAUUUGGAUCAUCCGGAGCAGACUCUUGACUCUUGGGGGUUUACGCCGUGUUGUGCGACUGCGUAUAUUGGAUGUUGGGGUAUUGUCCAAGCGCUUCGCUCGGGUGCUCGUAUCGUUAUUUGCGGUCGGUGCACUGAUGCUUCUCCUGUGAUGGGCGCUGCGGCGUGGUAUCAUGGCUGGCGGGAAGACCAGUAUGAGGAAUUAGCGGGCUCGUUACUCGCUGCUCAUCUGAUUGAGUGCGGUCCCUAUGUCGUUGGUGCGAACUUUUCAGGGUUCAAAGACUUUCUACCUGAACUUGUGGAUAUUGCAUUCCCCAUUGCAGAGAUCGAUCCAAGAGGACGAUGUACCAUUGGAAGAACAGCAGAAGGUGGAGGAAGAGUCACGAAAGAGACUGUCACCGCACAAUUACUCUACGAACUCCAGGGCCACUUAUACUUAAACCCCGAUGUCGUCGCAGAUCUCUCUGGAGUACAAGUCGAACAAGAGUCAGAAAACCGUGUUUCCGUCUCAGGAGUAAAAGGCCUCCCGCCACCCCCAACAGCAAAAGUCAUGAUCGCCGCAAAAGGCGGCUUCCAAGCCGAAGCAACAUUCUACAUCAACGGUCUCGACGUCUUUGAGAAAGCAGCCAUGAUGAAGAACCAACUAGCACACAUGUUCAAAGACUCAAAUUUCAGCCGUCUAAGCAUCGAGCUCUACGGCACUCCAGCUGAUAACCCAACGUCUCAACAAGCAGGCACUGUAUCACUCCGUGUCUUUGCGCAAGCUCGUCGAAAAGAAGACAUUGAUGCGCCCAAGUUCAAAGUACCGAUUUACGCUCUCCGCAUGCAGAGUUAUCCAGGGUACCAUAUGAAUCUUGACUUUAGGACUAUGGUGCCCAAGCCGUUUAUGGAGAUGUUUCCAGCGCUCAUGCCUGUUUCUGCGAUUGAGCAUCGCGUUGAGAUGAGUACCGGUGCAUCACAUCGUAUUGAACCACCAGCAAAAACAGCAAAGUAUCCUAUUGUACGGCCGUCGACGGAAACGCAUGGACCGGUUGAUAUGCUUACUUUCGGGCCGACGGAGUGGGCGCCGCUGGGAAGUGUUGUGCAUGCGAGAUCAGGAGAUAAGGGCGAUAAUUCGAAUGUUGGGUUCUUUGUUAGGAAUGAUGAUGAGUAUGCUUGGUUGAGGAACUUGUUGACUGUUUCGAAGCUGAAGCAAUUGUUUGGGGAUGAUUGGUUCAAGGGUGAUCCGGAGAGGAGGGUUGAGAGGGUUGAGUUCCCUGGUAUCAACGCUGUGCACUUUCGCGUUUUGGAUAACUUGAACGGAGGUAUUGCGUCUUCAGAUCGUAUUGAUGGUCUUGGAAAGGGAAUUGGCGAGUAUUUGAGGAGUCGAUACGUUGAUGUGCCAAAGGCAUUUCUUGAAAGAGGACGAAUUUAGAAAUGGGCAAAAGUAGAUGCUUCAACUAGAAUUCACCGAGGCUUAUACAGAAUUACUCGAAGCCCGAUGUUCUCAUGUGCCCUUCCUAUCUCCC